AUGACCAUCAAGACUAUCCAGAAAUCUUCAUCUGAGGUGCUUUUGGCUUCGAUGCGUGAUGAAGCAUCAAACGACAAGCCAACAGCAACUCUUUCCGCCUCUAUCCUUGAAGCAUGGACUUCCCUGCCCCCUGAAGUUCGCUCGGCUUUGGUAACAAGUGAACUUGGAAUUCCGAACCCUGCUACCGCUGGAAGCAAUGGCACACCUUCGACAACAAAACCUGAAUCCUUCUCGAUCUCCAGUUAUACAUCUGGUAGUUCCUCGAGCUCUGAUGAUGCUGGAGAAAACACAGACAAUUCUGGAGAAACUGUGGAAAUUUGCCCCAAAACUGGGACCAAAGUCGUUUUGAAACCAUUGGAAAGGGCUCCGAAGAAUGUUUUUGAGUUCUCUAAGACUCACACUGAAGAAUCCACUCAUGUAGAGAAAACUUCAGCGGCUGUUGUCACUACCAAAACAUCCAUCAUGACUAGGACCAGAGGAUGGAGGAAUGUUUUUACUCUUCCUAUCGCAUAUGACGUGAAUAUGAUCCCUCGUGGAACCCUUCUUGACCCCGUUAAUCCUUCUUUGUUGGAAGCAACUGGAAAUCACCCUGAAGGAUACAACAGGCGAUUUGCUGUGUUUGAUGAUGCCAUUGAACGUCUGUACGGAGAGAAAAUCCGUGCUUAUUUCGCUGUCAAAGGCAUUGAAUUGACUGUUUGUGUCUUGAAUGGAGGUGAAGCUGACAAGCGCUCAGCAGCUGUGGACAAACUGUUGGACGAGCUCUGUGCCUACAAGUUGAGGCGUCGUGAGCCUUUCUUGGCCAUUGGUGGAGGAUGCUUGCUCGAUAUUGCUGGAAUGGGGGCUUGCAUGUACCGUCGUGGUGUCCCAUUUGUUAGAGUACCCACAACUCUCCUUGCCAUUGUGGACGCAAGCGUUGGAGUGAAGAACGGCGUUGAUUACUGCUGUGCAAUCACAGAUGAGACCUACAAGAACCGGGUUGGUAGUUUCUAUGCUCCAUCAGCCUGCCUUCUUGAUCCUUCAUUCAUUGCAACUCAAGAUGCAAGGAAUGUAUGCAACGGGUUCGGAGAAAUUAUGAAGCUUGCUCUUGUCAGGUCCACCGACUUGUUUGAGUUGCUCGAAACCCAUGGUGCCGGGUUGGUGAAGUCUCGUUUCAUGGAAAACUCCAAUGUCCCUGAUGGCGUUGGUGAUCGUGUUAUCGAUCUGUCCAUCCAGAUUAUGCUUGAAGAACUUGGGCCCAAUCUUUGGGAGAAGACGUUGGAACGUUGCGUCGACUAUGGCCACACCUUUUCCAAACUGCUUGAGAUGGUUCCUGGUGCCGACAUCAUGCACGGAGAGGCGGUCAAUGUGGAUGGAUUCUUUUGCUGCAUUUUGAGUUACUUGCGCGGAUUCAUCACCAUGGACACCGUGAACCGAGUUUUCGCGGCCAUGAAAUCUCUUAACCUGCCCACGAAUUCGUUGGACCUUCAGUCGGAGCUGGCGUGGCAGAGCUGCAAGGAUGCGGUGGAACACAGGCAUGGGGAGCAGAGGAUUCCCUUGAUCACUGACAUCGGUGAGAGUAUCUGUGUCAGUGACAUCACCCCUGAAGAACUGGACAGGGCUCUCGAGGUGAUGAAACAAUUCCCACAUUAG